AUGUUGCCACAUUGCUCCUUCCUGAUGUUGCUAUGCGUAGCUCGGCUGCUCUCCACCUCCUCUGCCCUGCCCUUCGAGCAGAGAGGCUUCUGGGAUUUUGCCAUGGACAGCAUGGAUAGCGGCGGGAUGAUGACGAUGAUGAGGGAUGAGGAAGAAGGCUCGGCCGUAGAGGAGAUCCUCCCCCCCGACAUACCCAUGUGCCCCUUCGGCUGCCACUGUCAGCUCAGGGUCGUCCAGUGUUCUGACCUCGGUCUCACUGAGGUGCCAAAGAAUAUUCCUUCGGACACCAAGUUCCUGGACCUGCAGAACAACCGUAUCACUGAGCUUAAAGAGAAUGACUUCAAAGGCCUUACUAACCUAUAUGGUCUAUCUCUGAGGAAUAACCAUAUUUCCAAAGUCCACCCCAGAACAUUCGUGCCUCUGAAAAACAUGCAAAAGCUCUACUUCUCCAAGAAUCUGCUGACCACUGUCCCCAAGAACUUGCCCGCCUCUCUGGUUGAGAUGAGGAUCCACGAGAACCGCAUCAAGAAGGUGGCAGCUGGAGCCUUCGCAGGACUCGGCAACAUGAACUGCAUAGAAAUGGGAGCAAACCCCAUCCACAACAGCGGUUUUGAGCCUGGCGCCUUCAAGGGACUGAAACUGAAUUAUCUGCGUAUAUCAGAUUCCAAACUGACUGGGGUGCCAAAAGAUCUCCCAGAUAGUCUCCAUGAGCUUCAUUUGGAUCACAACCAGAUCCAGGCUGUGGAACUUGAGGACCUGAGCCGCUACAAAAACCUGUACAGGUUGGGCCUCGGCUUUAACCAUAUCCGUAACAUAGAGAACGGCAGUCUGUCCUUCCUCCCCAGGCUGAGAGAGCUGCAUCUGGACAACAACCGCCUCACUCGUGUUCCCAAAGGCCUCCCAGAUAUGAAAUACCUACAGGUGGUGUACUUGCAUUCCAACAACAUCGACCAGGUGGGCGUGGACGACUUCUGCCCUCGAGGAUUUGGGAUGAAGAGGACUUUCUAUAAUGGCAUCAGCUUGUUUGGUAACCCUGUCAACUACUGGGAGGUGCAGCCUGCAACGUUCCGCUGUGUCAGCGACCGGCUGGCCAUUCAGUUUGGCAACUACAAAAAGUAAAGACAGGGGGAUACAGAGAGAUGGAGAAAGUGAGGGGAAGAGCGUGGCAGAGGAGCAGAUAAUUUAAAUAAUGAAAAAAAACUUGAGAGAUGGAGGAAAGGGAGUUCAUAUUUGAGAUCAUUAUCUUUAUUAUUAUUAUUAUUAUUAUUAUUAUUAUUGUUUUUGGAGAAAGGAUGAGUGAUGGAGAGGAUUGGCAACAAACUGAUGAAAUAGAGGUGAAAAAAACCAAUCACAUAACUGGAAGGGAGUGGAAAGCAAAGCGCUUGCAGUAUUUCACCUGAGUGUUCAUGUUUUUUGAUUUUAAGGUUUUGAAAGUUUUUUGCCAUUUGAAAUGAAUGAAACAGGAGAACGUCUGAGAACGUUUUCCCCAGCCUAAAUUGAUGAAAAAUUAAAAUUUGUGAAGCAUUUCAUUCCAUAUUUCGUACACAAUAGUCCUUAUUGUGAUGGAAGUCUUUUUUAAAUGAAAAAUGUUGGUUAAGAUUACAAGUAUAAAAUAGAAAAGCAAUUCAUUAUAGAUGUUUUAUAUAUAGGUGCUCUGUAUGACUUUCUGUGUUUGCUGAUUUGGGAGAUAAAUUAAGUUGUCCCUGUUUCACUGGUCUGAAGCCAUUUGGCCCUCAACUCAUUAAAAUAUAGAUAUUAAUAAACAACUAGUCACAGAUUUGUGACACAAAAGCAACUGCACAACAUGUAGAAACCCAUAUUCAAGUUUACACAUUCAAAAACAUUUUUGUAUAUAUCAUAGAAGUUUUUUGUCAUAUCAUUAAAAGGGCAAUAAGUAGAUUUUAAAAUUCCCCUCAUCAGUGCUAAACACCUUUUCUUAUUGAUCUGAGGUAACUGAACCACCAGCCUGCCUGUUUAGGGCGUCUAUUCUGUGCCUUUAUUAAAUAUUCUGCUAUCUGUAUGAUACUUUAAUACAGUAUUCCUCUAGUGGUAGUGGGGCUUUUGCCUCAGAUACUGUAGAGAAAACACCCGGCUGCUUUGCUUUGAGACAAAGAAGGCAGUGUGUUCACAUAGUGCUACAAACAAUAGUAGUGUUGAUGCAUUGUUUUGCACAGUUUUUCUAUUAUGCUUUAUCUGCUUCAGGGUUAUUGAAGGGUUAGCCUGUUUACAUUGGUAGACCUAUGUGGAACCACUUUAGCCAUUACUAUUCUGUCCUGUCUCUGUUCUGUAAUCUGACAAGCUACUGCUGCAUGUGAAUAAAGACAUUGUAACCUGCUGCAUGAAGCCAGAAAACAACUGAUGCCCCUGGGUUGGAUACUGUGUGAGAAAUAAAGAAGAAUUAUCAAAAGUGGAAAACAUUUGAUGAAUGAAUCCAAAAGCCUAAGCAGAGACAUAUUGAGUCGACACUUGACAUGUACAACAGGGUCACAUUCAAUGCAUAUAUUACACAUUACAUAUAACAACUGAUUCUUUGUACAUUCACCGGAUGCAAUCCUAAAAUGUAUGAGAGAGAGUUUGUGAUAUUUUGAUGCUGUGGACUGAAUUAAAUUCAAAUUUCCUAUUG